AUGACCUCCAGACUUCUCUUGAGAUGGAUCGUAACUCCCACAGCCGGGUUCACACUCGGCUGCGCAUGCUUUCUCCGGCCCUGGCCCCCCACCAAAGACGAAAGGCUCGGCACCGUGACUUUGAAACGGCCUCUCGAGCAACAACGCCAUGACGUGCUUGCCCAGAUCCAAAACGACCCAGAAUACAGCGCGCUCGUCGCCAACGGUGACGUCCACCAUUUCUCGCAGAGCGAAAAGAUCCCGCACGCGCACCGCGAUUACCACGUCGGACAAGGUCUACUGUACGGGAAGGGCCAUCUGGAGAUCGACCCGCUUCUUUUCCACGAUCUAAACACCCGCGAACUCGUCGUGUUCUACCAUCUCGGCCACAACCUCGGCAACGAACGCGGUAACGUCCACAAGGGCAUCGUCGCGCUCCUGAUGGACGAAGCGCUUUGUUACUGUGGGUUCCCGACUUUGCCCUCGAAGCGCGGCGUCACAGCACGUCUCGACCUCACGUUCGCGCACGACGUACCUGCAGACUCAACCGUCGUGCUCCGCGCGCGUGUCCGCGAGACCAAAGGUCGCAAAUGCGUCAUCGACGGCACUCUCGAGUCCCUGCCCGCGACCAGACCCUGGUACAACCCCUGGGGUCCGACCAAACGAACCCAAAUCGCAUCUGGAACCUGUAUACUGGUCGAACCUAAAUGGUUCAAGCACAUGAGCUGGUUCAGUGCGUUUUGA